UUCUCAUGGCUUAUCUUUCUAUGUGCAUUCAACCACAGAAAAUUCAAGAAGAUGUUGGGUAAACUCCAGCACGAGGCAGUUAUUGACGUCCCGGCCAACGUGACAUGGCAGCUCUUCGGCAGCCUUGAACUUGGACGAAUUGUGGGAGAACAACUUCCGAAUCUUUUUGAGAAAAUCGAAUUAGUUGAAGGUGAUGGAGGAGAAGGAACUGUUCUUAAUCUCAUUUUUGCUCCAGGUUUAGGUACCUCAAGUUAUAAAGAGAAAUUUACAAAAAUAGAUAAUGAGAAUCGUAUAAAAGAGACAGAGAUAGUGGAAGGAGGAUUCUUGAACAUUGGAUUUACUCUCUAUAGGGUUCGUUUCAAGAUAAUUGAGAAUGGUGAAGAUAAGUGUAUUGUUGAAACGACAAUUGAAUAUGAAAUCAUGGAAGAAGCUGCUGCAAAUGCUUCACUUGUUACUCUACAACCUCUCAUUGAGAUUGUUCAACUUGCAAAUAACUAUCUCCUUCACAACAAAAACCCUAAAUAGAGAUGCAUUAAAUCAUAUGAUGAAAUCUAUUGUCAUCCUUUGGAGUUGUUUUCCCCCUAUCUACAAUAAUAAUAGCAUCAUAAAAGGUUCUGAGUACUUGAGUUAUACUCAAUUUAUUUGAGUUUAAUUUCUUGUGUAAUCUUUUAUAUCUUGAUAUCAGUGUGUGGGAAACUUUUUCUAACUUCUUUUUCA